AUGAUGCAAGAUACUAUCGUCGACGCCGAGGACAUAUCGUCACAGGAAAAGGUCAUGGAGGCGCCGCCAGAGUCGUCGGAUCUGCAAGAGGCUACAAUAAAUACCAACUCUAUUAUCGACAGUCAUCCCUCAAACGAACUUGCUCAACAAACGGAAAAAUUGUCUUGCGACGACAAGCCAGCUCUCUCUGAGGUCGAAACACCGACGUCUUCCAACGACGCCAACGACUCAAACUCAACACCUGUGCAGGAAUCUGCUACCAUUGUCUCCACGGACUUUUCUCAGACGAGCAUCAAUGCCAAUCUCGGCGACAAAGAAGCCCAGGUCGCUCUUGGCGAUAUGUAUUUGGAUGGCGAGGGAGUUCAGCAGGACUACCAAGCGGCUAUGGAAUGGUUUCUUCGGGCUGCCGAUCAAGGAUAUGCUAUUGGUCAGCGCAGAGUCGGCUAUAUGUACCAUUAUGGCCUGGGCGUCACACAGGACUACCAAGCAGCCUUGACCUGGAACCUCAAAGCCGCCGACCAAGGAGAUGCAGGAGCCCAGUGCAACGCUGGCCAUCUGUACCGACGAGACCGAGGCACCACUCAGGACUUUUCCAAAGCGAUGGAGUUGUAUCUCUUGUCUGCCAAUCAAGGAUACGCAAAAGCACAGAACCAGAUCGGCACUAUGUAUAACGACGGUCUAGGUGUGCCCCAGGAUUACUCCCGAGCAUUCGGCUGGUACAACAAGGCCGCCGUGCAGGAUGAUCAAGACGCCCAGUGUAAUCUCGGAUGUCUGUACCGUAACGGCAAAGGCGUGGCGCAGAGCUUUUCUAAGGCAAUGGAAUGGUUUAUUAAGUCGGCUGAACAAGGACACGCAGAGGCCCAGGCAAACGUUGGCUAUCUGUACCGUGACGGUAAGGGAGUGACGCAGGAUUAUUCCAAGGCAAGGGAGUGGUUUGUUAAGGCGGCCGAGCAAGGAAACGCAUAUUCCCAGCACCGCCUCGGGUGUUUGUACCAUGACGGACAAGGAGUGGAACAGGAUUAUGUUCAGGCGAUGACAUGGUACCGCAAAGCUGCUGAUCAAGAUUACAUGGAGGCACAAUACAACGCUGGGCUCAUGUACAAGGACGGUCACGGUGUGCCUAUAGACUACUCGCAAGCAUCGGUGUGGCUCCUCAAGGCUGCCAACCAAGGCCACGAAGAGGCUCAGUAUAUCGUUGGGAGACUAUAUGAGUACGGUGAUGGAGUACCGCAGGAUGUUACGACAGCGAUGGGGUGGUAUCUGAAGGCUGCCAAACAGUGUAGCUGGGAGGCGCGGACCCGCCUUGCCUGUUUGCACCAACAGGGAUCCUAUUUCUAUUGA